AUGAAUCCCUCCGCCUUAGUUUUAAAACCAUUUCCUCCAACUGUUCUUGCAAAAAUUGCAAGCUUUCUCGCAGCUUAUGGUGUCCAUGACCUCAAAACAUGGGUUAUCGCGGCCCUUCAGUUGAAAGACGCAGCCUUAUCUGAAGUUUCACUUUCAAAACUUGAUAUGAAAAACUAUUUCCACUAUCCAUGGUGGGGAGACGAGAUCUCGUGGUACUACGGCCUCUUCCAGAAGUGCUUGCGGGCGAGGAAUCCAUACGCGUUGUACAUUCACUCCCUACGACUCGCUUUCCAUAACGGAGACAUCUUCGCCGUGAUGAUGAAGGUCAAAUGUGUCCGUGAUGUUGAAUGGCUGGCAUCUCGGAUGGUGUACCACAUCACUAAUGUGAGCCCAAGAAGAGCAGACACUUACAAACCUAGAUGGACUUCAUCGUAUUUCCCUCAGUGCUGGCAAAUUCACAACGUGGGUGGUGAACUGGAUGGUUUCCGCUGUAUUGACUGCGUCUAUUUCCACGAAGGCUGCAAAAUCUGCAGAUUCACAUGA